CGCGCCGCCGCCGCGCUGCCCUCGCUUCCUGUCCGUCCCUGAGUCGCUUCUCGCACUGCUGCUCAGUUUGGCCUCCGGCUCACCGGCUGCAAGCUGCGCAAGAUGAACACGGCGCAGGGGCCGGUGUCGUUCAAGGACGUGGCCGUGGGCUUCACGCAGGAGGAGUGGCGGCAGCUGGAGCCGGCGCAGAGGCGGACGUACCGGGAGGUGAUGCUGGAGAACUACAGCCACCUCGUGGCCGUGGGCGGUGACAUCUCCAAACCACGCGUGAUCGUGAAGUUGGAGCAGGGGGAGGAGCCGUGGGUGCCGGAAGGCGAGCUGCCGUGUCGGAGCCGUGCUGAAGAGGCCUGGAAGGCUGGUGCCCCGGCAGAGAGAGUCCGAGCGGCGGGGGGCGCCCGCAGCGCGCGGCUGCCCAGAGAGGCGGAGAACGCGGCUGGCGGGGCUCCCGGCGGAAGCAGCGACCCGGCCCCCUCGAGUGUGGCGGGCCGCGAGCGUGUCUCCUGCGGAGAGGACUUCACGUCUGCUUCGGAAUUAAUCAGCAGUGAUGGCCGCUAUGCGGGAGCGCGCUCGGGCGCAUGCGAGGGCCGUGAGAGUGCAUGUGCCGGCGGCGGCGCGCCCUGGGCCGCCAGUGCGCCCGAGGACGACCGCGUCCUGCAGGCAGCUGGCCUCUUGGAGAAGCCCUUCGAGUACUUGGGAGCCCUGGACGGUGACGCCGUGUUCCUGACGCACGGGAGGGCGUGCGCGGUGGAGAAGGUGGGCGCGUGGGGCGGCGCCGGCGCCGGCGCGGACCUGCUCGGCGUGCGCGGCUUCGGCGCGUUCCCGCGGGCGCCGGCAGAGGGGAAGCCCUUCGAGUGCGCCGAGUGCGGGAAGUCCUUCUGCAAGAAGUCCAAGUUCAUCAUCCACCAGCGGGCGCACACGGGCGAGAAGCCGUACGCGUGCGGCGUGUGCGGCAAGCGCUUCAGCCAGAAGGGCACGCUCACGGUGCACCGCCGGUCGCACCUGCAGGAGAAGCCCUACAAGUGCGCGGAGUGCGGCAGGACCUUCUGCCAGAAGCUGCACCUCACGCAGCACCUGCGCACGCACUCAGGGGAGAAGCCCUACGCCUGCAGCCAGUGCGGCAGGACCUUCUGCCAGAAGACGCACCUCACGCUGCACCUGCGCAACCACUCGGGGGAGCGGCCCUACCCGUGCGGCGAGUGCGGCAAGUCCUUCUCCCGCAGGUCGGCGCUCAGCGACCACCAGCGCACGCACACGGGCGAGAAGCUGUACCAGUGCGAGCAGUGCGGCAAGGCCUACUACCGCAAGUCCACGCUCAUCACGCACCAGCGCACGCACACGGGCGAGAAGCCGUACACGUGCAGCGAGUGCGGCAAGCGCUUCUCGCGCGUGUCCUACCUCACCAUCCACUACCGCAGCCACCUGGAGGAGAAGCCGUACGCGUGCGCCGAGUGCGGCAAGACCUUCAACCUGAGCUCGGCCUUCCUCAGGCACCAGAAGCUGCACGCCGAGGGCCGGGCGCCCGAGUGCGGCGCGUGCGGGCGGCCCUGCUCCGAGCCGGCGUGCGGCGGCGCGCUCCGCGGGGCGCGCGUGGAGGAGAAGCCGUACGGGUGCCGCGAGUGCGGCAAGAGCUUCUCGCACAACUCCUCGCUCUUCCGGCACCAGCGCGUGCACACGGGCGAGAAGCCCUUCGAGUGCCACCAGUGCGGCAAGUUCUUCUCGCAGAAGUCCUACCUCACCAUCCACCACCGCAUCCACUCGGGCGAGAAGCCGUACGCGUGCAGCGCCUGCGGCAAGGUCUUCUCCCGCAUGUCCAACCUCACGGUGCACUACCGCAGCCACUCGGGCGAGAAGCCGUACGAGUGCAGCGCCUGCGGCAAGGUCUUCUCGCAGAAGUCCUACCUCACCGUGCACUACCGCACGCACUCGGGCGAGAAGCCCUACGCGUGCGGCGAGUGCGGGAAGCGGUUCCACCACCGCUCUGCCUUCAACAGCCAUCGGCGGAUCCACGGGCGCGGGAGCGCGAGCGGGCUUGCCGCGGGAGGCCUGUGAAGGCGGCACCCACGCGGGGUCCAGCAGGGUCCGGGUCCCGGGGGAGUGGCGCCCUGCACUGGGUUUCCCUCGGUCCGGCCUUGCACGGAGAACGCAGUGGGACGUGACGUCCAGCAGGGUCCCCGGGGGAGCAGUGUCCGCGAGCCGGGUUCGCCUUGGUCCGGCCUUGCACAGAGCGCGCCGCGAAUGCCUCGGCUCGCUGGACACGAGACAGUUUAUACAGGAAAGAAGAUCUAUAGAUAUUUAAUAUUUAUUUUGGAUUCCGAUUGUAUUUCUGUAUCAGGGACUCCAGGCCAGGUCUGUCCGUUUGAUGAAUGUGCAGAGGAUAUUGUCUGGGCCACGUUCAUGCUAAAAGCCAUAUUUCUGACAUGACGUGGGACAGGCACAGGGGAGCGCAGAGCUGUCACGGUCACUAAGCCUUUGUUCCGAAGCCGUGGGGCGCUGGGUGGUUACGGCCCUUCCCACGUCCUUGAGUGCAGUCUCACUGUAACUAUGCAAUUCGCUGCAAGUUAGGGUUCGAGUGAUUUGUGGAGAGGCAGUAUUCUUGCUCGACUGCUGGGGGCAACAGGCACUAACGGGUUCGUGCUGAGGUAGGGGUUGAUAAAUAGUGAAACAUAAUUGUCUAGGUAGGAAGGUGCCAAGUGGAUUUUGAGUGGAUGACUUAUCAGUCGAGGCAGUGGUUUCUGUGAAGUGUAAACUUCACCUGAGCAAAAAACAGAUUUUUAAAAAGUUAAAAAUACUAUUUUGAUAAACAGCAUAAUUUGGAAUUGUGUACGUCUGUUUCGAUGAAAGAGAACAGGUGUACUAUUUACACUCUCCAAGCUGCCCCCAACUCUCACCCACGCUUGUUUUUAAACCGUAGGCUUGAGCCUACAAAGUGCCAGCAUUACACAACUUGGAGAUGUCACGCGCAGUUUUAUUUUCUAUAAAUGCCAAGCUAUUCUGUUCUUUGCCCCUUCUCCCCGGUAUUUUGGAACGCACUAGUCCGUUUCUAGAAGACUCUGCGCCUCGCUUCUCAGUUCCUGCCGGGAGAGCUUGGACACUGACCAUUUCUUCUCACAACACAGAGCUGGUGAAUCACGACGAGGCCCAGGCGGUAUCCCCAGUUCCAGUCUUCCUGCAAAUGCAAUCGUCGCCUGCCUUACCCUGGUGGGGCACAUCCCACACCCCUGAGGGACGCCUGAGCCAUGGGUGGUACUGAGCUUUCUUUUUUUCCCCAAGGUUGACUUAGUUGAAAGGUAGAAUUAGAGAAUGAGAGGCAGAGAGAUCAUCCAUCCACUGGUUUGUCCCCAAGUGCUCACAACAGCUAGGGUGUGCCAAGCCGAAGCUAGGAGCUGCUUCCAGUCUCACAUGGCUGCAGGGGCCGAGGGACUUGGGCCGUCACUGGUGCUUUUCCAGGUGCAUUAGCAGGGAGCUGGAUGGGAGAUGGAGCACCCGUAUGGGAUGCUGAUACUGCAGUCUGUGGCUUUACCCGCUGCACCCCAGCGCCAGCCACUGGACUGUACUUGUACAGAGCCUCCAUGGUCCAUCUGAUGACCAAGAUGGCGCCCCUGUGGCUGGUAGGUAGGCAGCAGGCGUAGCGUGGACAUGCCGCGCCCCUGAGGCUUCAUGCCCCUGGUGGGGUGGGCCCAGCUUCACCCUGCUACUCAGAAGGGUGUGCAGUUUUGUUUUUAAGUUCUAUAUUUAAAAAAGAUUGAUGUAUUUGAAAAGCAGAAAGAGAAGGUGAGAGACCAAUCUUCCAUCCACUGGUUCACUCCCUAAAUGGCUACAUCAGCCAGGGCUGGGUCAGGCCAGGGCCAGGAGCCAGGGGCUUCUUCCUGGUCUCCCAGGUGGGUGCAGGGGUCUUCUGCUGCGUUCUCAGUCAAGUCAGUAGGAAGCUGGAUCGGAAGUGGAGCAACUGGGACUCGAACUGGGACCCAUGUGGGAGACUGGCAUUGCACGUAGAGGCUUCACCCACUGUACCACAGCACAGUUGACCACACAUAACUGAAACUGGACAAGGCGACAUGACUGCAGCUUGUCUGUGAUGGCCUUGACCCAAUCCUGGCCAAAACAAAACAGGUUUGUUCUAGAAAAGGACAAAGCAGGGAUCAGAGGGGUCUUAACCCCGCGAAUGCAUGGGCAGUUAAAUACUCAAAAGUCGGUCAUAGAUAAGCUAUGGAGAGAAAAGAAGUCCAAUGGGCAGGAAGUUUGUGUGGCAAAAUGAAGUCCUUUUAUGAGCUUGAAAAAUGACAGGGAACUCCUUAUUAAUCACAGAGCAGCAAGCCGCACGAACAGUGUCGAAUUAAUGGAGUGUUGAGAGUGAUCCCCCAGAGACGACACAGGCAAGGCCAACCUGCUCGGCUCACUGGGUGCGGCACGGAGCCGAAGGACGGCCAGGAAGACAAAGGGCACGAGACUGGGAGAGAGGAAAGUCUUUGCAUCGGACACCCUUUGGCGGUAGCCUAUUCUGAGGACUACACAGAGAAUGAGACUUGGUGCGUGAAUUUAGCAGAUGCCUGCACACACGGCCACUCUGCAGCCUUUUUUUUUUUUUUUUAAUCAGCAAAAACAAAAAAUAGGAGAUGUGACUUUUUCAGAGCAAUAACAUUUACAAACAUCCUCAAGUGUCUGGGAAGAAAAUAUUUCUAGGAACUGUAUCCAGAAAAAUUACAAAGCAGAGGGCUAGCUAAAAUGUCGUUUUCCCCUGGAUUAAUCGAUAUAAUCCAUGCAAUCUCAAGAUCCCACUGAAUCCUUUAAUGGGAAUUUACAAGCUAAUCCUAAAACUCGUCUCAACAUUCCAAAGAGGAGCGAUGUUCUUGUAGAACGGACACAGCCACAGAGUUUGCGUUCUCAGACACGUGGUAAGGCCAUCAGUAGGCUGUGGCAGUGGUGGGAAGGUACACGAGCGUGGGACAGAAUAGGGGUCCCCGGGAGAGCCCCGUGUGUGCAGUCAGCAAGUGCGGGAGCGAAACAGUGCUGUUUGUGAUAAGUGGGCUUUGUAAUGGAGCUGCUUAAGUUAGUGGGGAAGUCAGCCGAACGCAGAUACAGAAAACAAAGGAGCGUUAGGAAGCUCUGUAACCCCUGUGGACAGGCUGCUUGAACCAGGCCUGCAGAGCCCUGAACCAUAAAACAAUCGAAUGUAACAGGAACCCACUGAAGGGGAGGAGACUUGCAGUUCAUGGACGUGGCUGCAGCGUUCAGUGUAGACGACUGCUUGGUGAGGGCUGGAUGGUCCGUACUGGGGGCUCCGUGUGCCGCAGGGCUCAGCUUUGGCUGUCGUGGGGCAAAAGCCGCUCGCUGCAGUGCGCGAGCAGGGAAGCCCCGCUGUCGCCCGCGGUGGCUGGCGCCUAGGCACAGGUGGCAGUCUGCAUUUUGCAUGCAGCCAAUAGUUUUCUGGCCUCUGGCCUGUGGUACAUGAACAACACCUGCCAAUCAACAAGGAGGGGGCAUGGGCAAUGGAGUUGGCUAUCCCCUUCACAACAAAGGAUAUCAGUGAUUGGGGGACUCCCGAUUGAAGGCAGUGUUUCAGUUCUACCCAUCCUCUGAUAGAGUUAAGCUGAGUAACCGAGCAUCGAGUUUGGCAAGGGUUUAAGCAACAAGAUCCAACGGCAUGGCUGGGACUGCCCAACAAGAAAACUGUCCGGGGAGCUGAGCCCGUGUAUGCCCAGAUGUAGUGGAGAUGCACGCGUGUGUCCACCACGGGAAACACCAGGACACUCAGAGCAGGAAGCUGCAAAAUCCAGGACUAGGCUAGGGCGUGCACGGGAGAAGGAAGAAAAAAGGUGAAUUUUUAGAGUGUCAUACAGCCAGGAGAAUGAACUCUGCGCGGUGCUGCUGCUGUCAGCAACAGGAAGCAGGAUGGGGAGCGCCGUGUGACCGCGUGUGCGUACGUGUGUGUAAGGAUGGCCCAAGUGCAGCCCAGCUAGUGCUGGUGCUGGUAGCCACCCGCGUGCUGAGCUGAGCCCCUAAUGUGUUCCUUGCCUGCGUGUCAUAAAAAGCUUAGGAACAGCUAACUGCCUGGCACCCGGCCGUGCUGGUGGUGGACGUGGACGUGGACAUGGACGUGCCCCCUCGAGCUCGUGGUUGUGUGCAGGAGACACAGCCCCUUCACAGCACAGUGAGCGACUUCCUACACCGGGUCCUCAUAUGCCACAGGAUGUCCAUUUAACGUCCUGUGCUGGAGGAGGUUGGCCCCGGCGCCACGUCCCACCAUCCCGCUCUUGGGCGCAGACGAGCGGCUCUGAGCUGCCUCAUGAGUAAAGAAGCGGACGGGCAAUGUUUCCCGUCUGCUCGGCGCUUCUCCGCUUUCUCCGCUCAGGAUGCGCUAACUGUAGGUGGCAAAGAAAACACGGCGAGUUUGGUUUGGAGCAAAAUUGUAUUUUAAAAGUGCUCAGCUAGGCCUUUCAGCAAGGUCAAAUUUCCACAGCACAAACGUGGGUGGGGAAAAGAACAGGUAACUCCAACUUGGUAAAGAACCGGGUGGGGGGGUUGGCGCUGAGCUUCCGGCGUGCAGCAAAGACCAGGUGCAGCUGUGACGGCACAGGUGCCACAUGCCCUCCAUUGUCGCUUUGCUCGGUGGCUCGGCUUGAAGGGUGAUCGGUGCCGCGGGGCCAGCAGGUGGGGGAGGAGGGAGGUGGGAUUCCAUGGGCUGUAGCUUUGUGUUCUCCUGGCUCCUGGGGUACAGCCACCGAGCUCACAGCCAAGGGCGAUUCCUUCACCAGCAUCAAGGGCCAGCUCAGGUCGUGGUGACCUUGGCUGCUGGCCACCCUCCACUCCCCCCUCCCCCAUUUACCACGGCUCCACGAGGAGUCCAUACAACUUAGUGAUGCCUUCUAACCAUGGCCAGAUGCUGAUGCAAGACUCGUGUGUCCCAGGCUAGGCGAUCCCCACGUUCCUGCCUCGUUCCAUCCCCAGGCCGCCCAGGCACGGGGAAACCCAGCCCUCAGAGCAGCACCUGGGCGGGACGUCAGUGGUCCCUCGGGCUGGGAUGCGGGAGGCCACAAAGAUGGCAGAGGCAGUCCCUCGUCCCGCUGUGGAAGCGGUCCUUUCACAGGAGGGAAGACAGACCCCCGUCAGACCGCUGCCCCUGCUGGACCGGGCCGGGAGGACACCAUGUGACUGUCCUGUGGGGCUCCCCAGGGCCGCCUGCCCUCCACACCUGGCCCCGGGUGGCCCAGUGGCACAGGAGCGCGGCCCCCCAGGGAGGGGACUUCGCAGAGUUCUCAAAGGGCAUUAGGAAAAAACUUUGAAAACAUCCCUUCUGAUUCUGUUUCCCCUCAUUGACUGGGGUCCUGGGCUGGGGGGGUCCUGGGCUGGGGGGGUCCUGGGCUGGGAGGGUCCUGGCUGCAAAAGCUAAGUCUACAGCAAAGGAUCUCGAAGGUUUUCUGGGUGAUCACAUGGGGCGGGGCGGGGCCACCCACACCUGUCAGAGAACCCGGCUGCCAGCCCCGCCCCAGCUGCCGACUCUGGCCUCUGGCUGUGCAGGCAGCGGUGACAGCUCCUGCCACCCCCGGGGGUCCUGAUCGGUUCCCAGCUCCUGGCUUAGGCCCUGGCUCCCACCCCAGCCAUCACAGAGUCUCGGAGAGUGGAGCAGCAAAUGGGAGCUGUCUCUGCCUCUCUCGGGAGGCGGGAUGUGGGGGAACCCGCUCUGAAGCAGAUUGUCCAGCGGCCGCAGGCCCGAUCAACCCCGCGUCUUCCCGCCAAAAACAGCAGCUAAACGAAGAAACCGCAAAGCAGACGCUCGGUACUGAGCAAACACCCUCGCAGGAAGAGUAUGGAUGGUGUUCCGUAGAAAUAAGAGAAAAGCGGUGAUGAGGUUAGAGUGGAAUGGGUCAGCCCGUGGCCGAUGAGCAAGGCGCCCUGGCCGAGGGCAGGGAGCACGUGGGAGCCGGGCACCCCAAGUCUCCGUGGGCUGAGGUGCGCGUGGGUGCUGCAACCGGGCCAGGCGGGGCCGGGGCCGCAGGGCCUGGCUCGACAAGGCGUGGCCCUUUCCGCGGAGGGGGGCGUGGUCUAUGACUGGAGCGUCCCCCCUGGUGGGCGUGGCCUGUGCUCAGGGCGUGGCCAUUGCGCUAGGGGUUCGUUGAGACGUAACAGUGCGCGGGGCGUGGCUCGGGAGCGGGGGCGUGGCCAGAGGGGGCGUGGCCGAGCUCUCGGAGUUAGCGGUCCAGUUCCCGGGCAGCUCCCGGGGCCGCAACCGUCUGAAUCCAACCGUCCCUGGGGAGCCAGAAGCCGUUGAGCGGGCUGUGGGGCGGCUCGGAACCGCGCCCCCCGCCGGCCAUGGUGCCCCCGCUCGUGCUGCUGCUGCUGCUGCUGCUCUCGGCCGCCCGCGGCCCUUCGGCGCAGGCCGCCCCGCUGCUGGACGCCGCCUCGCGGGACCGCCUCCCGGGCCUGCAGCCCCUGGGGGGGCACGGAGAAGGAGCCCCGGCCGGCGGCAACCGAGGGCUGCCGGCUGAAGCACACCCGGCCCCGGGCUCCGGCUGUCUCCCAGGCUCGUGAGGCGGCGGCGCGCCCUGAGCGCCAUGGAGACCCUCGGCCACCGCGACAGGCUCCUGGGACCCUCGCCCGAGGCGGGGACGCCCGGGUCUACCCCCAUCCCGCUCCCAAGACCCGCUUCUCUUACUUCCCUGGCCCACCCGCUCUGCCGCAGGGGUGGGGUGGACGCCGCCGCCCUGGCAGGGGACAGGUGUGCCCUCGCCAGACCCCACCCCCGCGCCCUUCGGAAAUAAAGUUAUUUCUUUAGA